GGUGAGAGUCAAAUUAUGCAAGGUAACAGGAACGCACUCUUACCAGAAGGGCUGGUCUCUUCCAUCUUCCCUAGGAAUCCAAACACGCUCGCCACGCCCCCUGGCCGCCUUUCCCCGCCCCUUAGGUCUCUAGCCAGUCACCUCACCACGUGGCCCCGCCCCUCGCCCUCUUUCCUCGCCGGCUCUGCCGCCAGUCGGGACCUAGCAGGGUGUUUUUCAAAAUUCCUAAAUCGAGUUCCAGCAGUGAGAAGCUUUUCUGCAUCACAGUCCUUGCAUCAGGUGGCAGAUCCUGUAUGGAAUCUUGGUCAACUCAAUCAUGUAGCCAUUGCAGUGCCAGAUUUGAAAAAGUCCACAGCAUUUUAUCAGAAUAUUUUGGGGGCCCAGGUAAGUGAGGUGGUCCCUCUUCCUGAACAUGGAGUAUCUGUUGUUUUUGUCAACCUGGGAAAUACCAAGAUGGAAUUGCUUCAUCCACUGGGAAAUGACAGUCCAAUUGCAGGUUUUCUGCAGAAAAACAAGGCUGGAGGAAUGCAUCACAUCUGCAUUGAGGUGGAUAAUAUAAAUGCAGUGAUGAUGGAUUUGAAAAAAAAGAAGAUCCGUAUUCUAAGUGAAGAGGUCAAAAUAGGAGCACAUGGAAAACCAGUUAUUUUUCUCCAUCCUAAAGACUGUGGUGGAGUUCUUAUAGAACUGGAGCAAGCUUGAUUUAUAUUUGCAAGAAAAUUAAUUUCCCUAAAAACCCUUUUAAACACUAUCAAAAUGUAUUAUGGUACUGCUUCCAAAGUUAAAGACUAAACUACAGAAAUAUUAAAAUUAUGUAAUAUAUGUACAUACAUAUGUAUAAAUUAGAUUUGGAAAAAGCCUUGUUUAUUAAAUGCUUAGGGAAAAUUAUUAAAAUCAUAUUCAUAGAAAUAAAUUACUCCCUUUUAAAAUA